AUGAAUGGUUUGUAUGGUUUGCCAGGGGAUGGCUCUGGAAUCCCAAAGGAAAAACAAUCGAGACUACAGCAAUUCAAGGAAUCUCCAGCAUACCCAGUUUUGCUAAACCUAACGCUAUUUGGUCUAGGUGUCGCCUUUAUCCAAUCCCCACUCAUCGAGAUGUUAGCCCCCCAACUAUAG